CAGUCUGAGCCUCCUCCCUCAUCUCAACGAGCAACGGCAGCACGAGAACAAUUCGAAUCAGCAAUCAUGCGGUCGCGCGGAGAAUACGCCCAUCCUCGCGCCUCCCUUCCUGAACGAGGUCCUUAAAUGACCCACGGCCACUAAGGAGCUCGCGCUUUCCCUGUCCGGAUCAUGGCAUGCGCCCCAUCCCGGUCUUCCACACGCGCGGCGCCGAGGCUCGAGAGCAGUGAACAUGGGAAUCAGGUCCAGAAAUGCCACUAACGGUGCCGAGGACUCGCGCGAGCGGAAGAGCGCGCUGGCCGCAGACCUGGAGCAGUGCGCGGGGCAGGAACGGGACGGCGCGCUGCUGCUCGUCGGCUCGGGCAGGGAACCGGACUUCAAACGGGGCUCGCAGAACAUCGGUCUGCUCGCUAAGACGCCCCUGGGCUACACACGUCCCGUGAAGAGGAAUAAUAUCAGGAAGCGACGGAUUCAGAACCUCAUCUACGACGCGCUCGAGAGACCACGAGGAUGGGCGCUGCUCUACCACGCGUUUGUGUUUCUGAUUGUUUUGGGAUGCCUGAUUCUGUCAAUUUUAACAACGUUCAAAGAGCAUGAGAAAGAUUCGGCUCACUGGCUGCUGAUUCUGGAGACAUUUACAAUCUUUAUUUUUGGAGGCGAGUUUGCAUUGAGGAUAUGGGCUGCCGGCUGCUGCUGUCGAUAUAAGGGCUGGAGAGGACGGCUCAAAUUCGCCCGCAAACCGCUGUGUGUCCUGGAUAUCUUUGUACUGAUUGCUUCGGUGCCGGUGGUUGCCGUACGAAACCAGGGAAAUGUGUUGGCCACGUCGCUGCGCAGUCUGCGCUUCCUGCAGAUCCUUCGAAUGCUACGAAUGGACCGCCGCGGAGGCACCUGGAAACUGCUAGGAUCUGCAAUAUACACACACAGCAAGGAGCUGAUUACAGCGUGGUACAUCGGCUUCCUGUCAUUGAUCCUGGCUUCUUUCCUGGUGUACCUGGUUGAGAAGGAUGAUGUCACCGUGGAGCCAUCAUACACUGAGGGCCCCUCCCCAACACCAGCCCCACAGGACUUUGACACCUAUGCAGACGCCCUCUGGUGGGGACUGAUCACCUUGACAACCAUCGGUUACGGUGACAAGACCCCAAAGACGUGGGCAGGGCGUCUUCUGGCCGGGACCUUUGCUCUUAUUGGUGUGUCGUUUUUUGCUCUUCCAGCCGGUAUUCUUGGUUCUGGGUUGGCUCUGAAAGUUCAGGAACAGCACAGGCAGAAACACUUUGAGAAACGCAGAAAUCCUGCAGCAUCAUUAAUACAGGCUGCAUGGAGAUACUACUCCACCAACCCCGUCAGAGACGAUCUCAUCGCCACAUGGAGAUUCUAUGAAACUGUGAUCUCUCUGCCAUGCUUCAGGAAGGAGCCUCUUGAGGUUAUGGCUAGUCAGAAGUUGAGUUUGUUGGAACGUGUGCGGCUGUCGACCCCGAGACCGUCGAUGGUAAGGGCCCGUGUGAUGAUGCCUGCUGCCAAUCCUGAAAGUGUGUCAGGGAACUGCGGGCCAGCAGAGGCGGUUGAGGAGAGUCCAUCAAAAGAGGGCAAACCAGCAGGGUUCAGUAACAGAGAGAGAUUCAGAACUGCUUUCAGAAUGAAGGCCUAUGCCCUGAGACAGAGCUCAGAGGAUACAGGAGGUCUGCCUGACCCCACUCCUGAGGAGAAGGGCUUCCCACCAGACAUACUGCUGGAGGAGAUGAUUCCAACUCUCAAAUUAGUCAUAAGAGCGCUGCGGAUCAUAAUAUUCCUUUUGAGUAAGAAGCGUUUUAAGGAGACUCUGAGGCCGUAUGAUGUAAAGGAUGUGAUUGAGCAGUAUUCUGCAGGACACCUGGACAUGCUCACCAGAAUCAAAUAUCUACAGACACGACUAGAUCUGAUACUGACACCAGGACCACCUCUUACUCCAAAACACAAGAAACCCCAGAAAGCACCAUUUCCGUACCCCAUCCAGCAGUCACCUAGCAUAAUCCUAAUAAAACCACAACCAUUUUUAAUAGUGCUGUCAAACGUGGUGGGAACGCCGCUGUCGCUGUUGUCGGUCACUCACGAGGAGCUGGAACGCUCGCCCAGCGGAUUCAGCAUCUCCGCCGAGAAAGAGGAGGUCACGGGCAAGGCCUCAGGGUUAACGGCAGGGUCGAGCUGGGGCCGCGACCGGCGCUAUUUAGCUGAGGGCGAGACGGAUACAGACACUGAUCCCUUUACCCCCAGCGGACCUGUUCCACCCUCGUCCACCGGAGAUGGGUUCCACUCCGAUGGAGCGUGGGGAACACCACCCUAA